UUUUGUAUUUGUACAUUUGUAAUUUUCUCUGUUUACUCAUUGCUGUCUGCGCGACUACGUUUUACUGCUGUGAACUGUUAUUUGUCGAGGUUGUGUUGUGUGGUGAGUUCUGAGUUGUGACUCGUCUUAGUUGUGCGUUUGGUACUGAGAUUGUGAAUAGUUGUCUACAGUAUUUAAUGAGUUAUGUUUAAAGUAUUCAGAUGCUCUACCGUUUGCCGUAAACUAAACGUAAUCUAAACAGUUAACAUAAAAUCCACACAAAUCGUCCACUCGUCGCAUUCUAACACUUCAUCUAUUAAAUCAUGAAAAAAGCAGAAGAUUUGAAGAAGAGUCGAUAUGGCCGUAUAUCAAGUAAAAGAAAAUUUAAUGAAGAGCUUGACUUGUCAUUGGGUGAGUCAUACCGCAAAAUAAAUUUUAUAUUGACCAAAAAAAGCAAUGGAAAAUCCUCUCCAACAGCUGCAAUUAAUAACAUGAGUAAUGGCAAAAGACAUAUAUUUAAUGUUGGUGACAUGGUGUGGGCUAAGACAGGGAAGUAUCCAGUAUGGCCAGGAAUUGUAAUUACAGACCCAGAAACAAAUAAGUUUUCUAAAAAUGAGAAUAUGGUACCCAUGUUGCACAUAUAUUACUGUAAUGACGCUUAUAAAAGAAAUUGGAUUAAAAUGAAACAAAUUUCAAAGUUCUCUGGCAAAGAGGAAAUAUUAACCGAGAUUCCCAAAAUUACUACUCAGAUUUCUCGCAGUAAAUUAAAAAUUAAGUGGAAUCAAGCUGUGGAGGAAGCUGAAUGUUUAGCAGCAAUGAAUAAAGACCAGCGUAUAAGUUCAUUUUUUGCUAACAACUUUUUAGCAUCUAAUUCACAAUUGACUAACAAGGCAGAAUCAUCUGCUGGGGAAAAAGCUCCUAUCAAGCAACCUUCUAUGUUGGAGAAAAAUGUUGGGUCUGAUCAUGAGCAGCCGGCAUUGGUAAAUGAUGAUUCAGAAGAUCACCCUCGUAAUUUAAUACCCGAGCUGUGUCGACAAUUUUAUGCGAACGGCUGGGUUACUGGGACGGGUGGUGGAAUCAGUAUUAAAUACAACGACCAAAUUUUCAUCGCACCAUCUGGUGUUCAAAAAGAGAGGAUUCAGCCUGAUGACUUAUUUGUUCAAAACCUGAAUGGUGAAGAUGUUAUAAUUCCAAAACCUGAAAAAAAACUUUCCAAAAGCCAGUGCACACCUAUAUUCAUGUGUUCAUUUACCGAAAGAAAUGCAGGAGCUGUGAUACACGUACACUCACAAGAAGUAGUAAAAUUAUGUCUGUUGAACCCUGAAAACGAAGUAAAGAUUACUGGGUUGGAGAUGAUCAAAGGCAUAUACAACGAAAAGAAGGGAAAGUUCUAUGAUAACGAUGAAGAACUCAUCAUACCAAUAAUAGAGAAUUCAAAGUAUGAGAAAGAUUUAGUGGACACUUUUAAAAUUGCCCUUAAAAAAUACCCCAGUACCUCGGCGGUUUUGGUCCGAAACCAUGGCAUGUAUGUAUGGGGCAGCAAUUGGAAAACCGCCAAAACACAAUUGGAGUGCUAUGAAUAUUUAUUUAAAAUAGCAAUUUUCAAGAAGAUACACCACGUAUAAUCAAAAUUCAAAUUAUACUUGUACAUGUAGACUUUAACCUAUUGGAAAGCAGGCCAGCUAUUGAGUUCUUCCUCAAUAAUUAUUUAAUUAUUUUCACUUAUAAUAUAAAACAGUCUUCUUAUAAAA